UUAGAUGCUGCGACUUCAAGCAAUCCACUUCGUGAAAUGGGUCUACAACUCAAGCUCUUCAUCUUGACCUUCCUGCUUUCAAUGGCAUUUUCAGAAACCCGAGGCCCCGACAUAAUAGAGAAGCUGUUCAAAGGGCCGUUUGAUGAAUCCAACGUCAAUGAAUUUGAAGUCCUUACACAGGCGAGUAUCAACAAUGGCGCCCUCCAGGUGACACCGGACUCUGGUGGGAACUACAAUCUCUCCAACAAAUCCGGAAGAAUUCUGCUCAAAGAUAGUUUCAAGCUCCAUGACAAAGGAGCGAGAGUGGCCUCAUUCAGCACCUCCUUCUUCAUCAACAUCCAAAAUCUCAGGAGCAGUACUUCAGGCCACGGAGAGGGCAUGGCGUUCGUGAUAGCGCCCGAUCUCAGCCUUCCCCCCGGUAGCGAAGGGCAGUACUUGGGCCUGACCAAUGCCAUCACCGACGGAAAUGCCACCAACCACCUUGUGGCUAUCGAGUUCGACACGUUCAAGCAAGACUUCGACCCCGACGACAACCACAUCGGUCUCAAUAUCAAUAGCGUAUUGUCAGUACAAAAUGUGUCCUUGUCCGAUUUUGGCUUCCAGCUUGUGCCCGAAGGUUCAAAAAAUUUCACGAUCUGGAUCCAAUAUGAUGGAGUGAAUAAAACUCUGCAGGUUUUCAUGGUGGAUGAAGAAAAUCCUGUACCCACCAAGCCGAGACCGAGCAAUCCUGUAAUGUUCGCAAAAGAUCUCGACAUUGGAAAAGUUGUGAGCGAACGCUCCUAUUUUGGUUUCGCAGCAUCGACAGGCAGUGCAAUAGAGUUGCAUUGCGUGCUAGGAUGGAAUCUGACAGUGGAGAAGCUACCGGAGGAUGAGGGUCUCAUGAUCGAGGCAAAGAUUGCCUUGGGUGUUGCGGUGCCCCUUUUGGUGAUUCUCUUGGCAUGUUGGUGGCUACAGCCUAUUCUGUACAAGAAGUACAGAACAGCCAACGACCCAACAAUAAUGGGGACCCUCAAGUCCCUCCCCGGGACUCCAAGAGAGUUCCAGUUUGGGGAUUUGAAGGCGGCCACAGAUAACUUCAAUAAGAAGAACAAAUUAGGACAGGGCGGUUUCGGUGUGGUGUACAAAGGAGUAUUGUCAAAAGAGAGCCUGGAGAUUGCCGUGAAGAGAUUCUCCAGGGACAAGGUCAAGAGCAAAGAUGAUUUCUUGGCUGAGCUUACUAUCAUCAAUCGGCUGCGCCAUAAACAUCUCGUCAAAUUACUCGGGUGGUGCUACAAGAAUGGGAAGCUUCUCCUGGUGUAUGAGUACAUGCCGAAUGGUAGCUUAGACACACACAUAUUCUGCGGACCGGAGAAAGCUACCAUAAGAUGGGACCUCAGAUACCAGAUCAUAUCAGGAGUUGCAUCAGCUUUGCACUAUGUGCACAAUGAAUAUGAACAGAUGGUUGUGCAUAGAGACCUUAAGGCCAGCAAUAUCAUGCUUGACUCUAGCUUCAACGCCCGGCUAGGAGACUUCGGGUUGGCCCGAGCCAUAGAGAAUGGGAAGACCUCCUAUGCAGAACUCGAAGGUGUACCUGGUACUCUUGGUUACAUUGCACCUGAGUGCCUGCACACAGGUAAAGCCACUAGGGGAUCUGACAUCUACGGCUUUGGAGCAGUGGUUCUCGAGGUUGUGUGUGGCCAGCGACCAUGGACCAAGAUUGGUGGAUUCUGCUUCCUGGUGGAUUGGGUGUGGUCACUUCAUCGUGAGGGGCGAAUCCUCGAGGCAGUUGACGAGAGGCUAAAAGGAGAUUAUGUGGCAGAGGAGGCUGAGCGGCUGCUGCUCUUGGGUCUGGCAUGUUCACACCCAAAUGCGAGCGAGAGACCCAAAACACAGGCCAUUUUGCAGAUUGCUUUAGGAUCACUGACGGUGCCGUACGUCCCGCCAUUUAGACCAGCCUUCGUGUGGCCUUCAGCAGGUGCUGUGGAGGGGAACAUUGAUUCAGAAUAUACAGAUGACUUAACUGUCACAAUUUCGCAUUAGGCGAUUGUUCACUGAGAUUCUUUCUCGAAAAGUGGGUCACAACUCAUGAUUUAAUGGAGGCAUCAGUGCAUCACUUAUGAAGCCUAUAUGUUUUAUAGUGUUUGCCUGCACAUUGACUGUUAAUUUAUCUACCCUUUGAAGAAUGCUCUUUCUUUUUUCCUUCAAUGUACAGUUAGGAUACGGUGAGCUAUUGUCUUAUUUGCUUAUUUUCAUUUUUAAGCUGGCUAUUAUGUUGGACUUGGCACGCUAAACUCUACACACGUGCCUUUUACUUUGAUUUGUUCAGUUAAAUUUCAGCAA